AUGGUUCGUGUGUCCUGGCUCUUGCUCGGCCUGCUGGCAUGUUGGGCGACGGCCGAGUCCAACAAAACUGAGAUCAAUUUAAUUUUCCCGCGCGAAGGCACGUUCGCCCCAAUGCACUCGAUGCCAGUGGUGUUCGCCAUCCAGAACCCAUCUGUCGCCAAGGAACUCCAUGCAACCAUCCAGUAUGGGGUGCGCCCAAAGGGCGGUGGUUCUAACGAGACGGUGUGGAGCUAUUCAGACGAGCUGGCCAACGUCCCAGCCAACGCGACAACCUACUUCAGUUCCACCAGCCUUGGCAAUAUGCUGAACACCACCGGUAGCUGGGAGUUCUUCUGGAACUUGUAUUGGCUCAACUGUUCUCAGUCAAAUGAUCCGGCGUACUAUGACUCCAAAUACCCGUGGGUCCUUGGAGCCGACGGCCUCAAUCAGGAUGCCGUUCUAGAUGGCUUCCACUUGUCAAGCUACUUGGUCACCGCCAAAUAUCUCUUCUUCGACACCAAAGAAGGUGGCACUGCGGUAAACCUGACCACCCUCACCAGUGACAACCAAUGCAGUGAAGCCUCGGGGUUUGUUGUCCCGGCCUUGGUAAACACGCUCGACAUUCCCAGGGACUUUCCUGAUCACAAUAGCCUGCCGUCCACGUGCGCUCAGCUCGCCAAUUCGACCUCGACUUCAGCCACGAAAGCGAGCCCUUGCAGGGUUAGCAUCAGUCCCGAGGCUGAGGCGAGCAUUUUGGCCGACGCCGAGUGCCACAAUACACUCUUCCCCACUUCGGGUUGUCCGGACAAGACACCAGGAGACGACGUCGCGGCAGGCCUUGACCAUGGCCGGGCAGUAUGGGCUGCCAUUACACUAGCUUUUGCCCUGGCUGUCGGCCUCGUGGGGUGCUAG